AUUGAGAAACUGCAACAUCAAAUCAACAGCCCCGCUAGCCCCAGCCCCGUUAGCCCCGUAAACAGAACACAAGCGGAAGGUCGCCCCGCCAGCAACGUCAGCCCUACAAGCGGGGCGGGGCGGGGCGACACGGGGCGAGAGAGUCCAGAGGGAACAUCAGACAGCGAAGGCGGCGGCGGGGCAGGCAGGGCAAGCGGGCGGGAUCUGUAGCUUCCGGGUUUGUGAUGGUUGCCCCGCCAGGAAGCCCCGUAGAAGACAGUACCCCGGACUUCUGCCCCGAGGAGUCAAUUGAGGACUUACUGACAGAUGGGGCUUGCGACGGGGCUGGUGACGGGGCUGGCGACGGGGCUGGGCAGUCUAACGGGGCGGAAGUUAUCCAAAGUGACUCAAUAAGUGAUCAUAUGGAGCCCCAGGGGGUUUCCGGGGCGGGGCAGGUGUUAGAAGAGGCCCCGGUCCCUGCCCCUUGCCCCGUCAAGGCCCCGGGGCAGCAGGGGUCUGGGGACGGGGCGGGGCAGUGUCUGAACAGCAUGGUAGAGGAAGCGAGGACAAAAUUAAGGCAGACUUCUAAUAGGAGGUGCCCCGCGGCGCUGGAGGAGCGAGUGCUGCAGGCUGGGCUGAAGACGGCGGCGGGGCGAGGCGGAGCGAUGGUGAUGGAGGCGCUGGCGGGGUGGGGCGGGGUGGACCUGGCGGGGGUGGUGGCCAAGACACUGCCCCGCAUUGCCCCGAACGUCAUCCUGGCCAAGAGACAGGAGGUGGUGGCACUGGUGGUGGCGGGGCGGGGCAGGCCGGGGCGGGGGAGGGGGCGUGAGGCCCUGGUGUCGCUGCUGUUUGGUCUGCUGCGGCGGCCUGACGAGGAGCAACGGGGCGCGGUGCUGGCGGGGCUGGCUGCGUUGGGGCGGGUGUUGGGCCCGCCCCGCCUGGAGGCUGAGCUGCUUCCGCACGUGUGGGGUCAGCUGGCUCACCGGCGGCCCGAGCGGCGGCUGUUGGUGGCGGAGGCGGUGGGGUGCUUGGCCCCGCACACCCCCGCCCCGCUGCGGGACUCCCUGCUGGUGAGUGUUCUGCUGCAGGUGGUGGGGGGGGAGCGGGACCCCGGGGUGCGGGAGGCGGCGCUGACCAGCCUGGCGGUGCUGGCGGCCUUCCUGCAGGACCUGGACAAACUGCCGCUGCUCCUGGACGCCGCCAUACACACACUCCACGCGCCCCGCUCAGACCCCGCCCACCAACCCGCCACCCCAUCCCCCGGCCUGCUGCUGCUGCUGGGAGCGCUGGGGGCCUGGGCGGCGGAGGCUGGGCGGCUGCCGACGCUACUGGACGCCCUGCUGGGUCUGCUGGAGGAGCAGGUGGCCGAGGCGGGGCAGGGCGGGGCGGACGUGGCCUGCACGGUGCGGGCGCUGGCUGAGGUGCUGCCCCACCUCCUCAUGGGGCUACUGGCCUCCGCCCCACCGCUCCCCGAGGCAGCCAAGGAGGACGACAGCCCCGCCUCACCCGUGGCAGCCCCGCCCCUGGAAACCCUGCCCCCCUGCCCCACCGUGGCUGCCCUGGAGGAAUUGUGGGGUGGCCCUGGCAGUGCGGGGGCGGCACUGGCCGGCCUACACGGGGUGCUGGGUCGGGAGUGGCUGCCUCCGUGGCCGCUGCUGGAACACUUGAAGGGCGCUGUGCUUCCCCGUCUGAUCGGGGCGCUGGCGGGGCUGCAGACGUGGCCGGGGCCCGCGCUGGACGCCUUCUUGUCGCUGUUCUCGGAGGUGCCGCGCUGCCUGGGCCCCGCGCUCACCGCCAACACACUCACGCCACUCUUCCUGGCUCACCUGGACGGGGCGGACCCCGAGGCGGUGCGGAGCGGCCACACGGGACUGACGGGGCCCGUGUCGGUGGUGUACGUGGCGGCGGUGCUGGGGCGGGGCGGGGCGGGGACUUCUGGGGAGAUGGAGGGGUUCCUAGCGCGGCAGAUCAGCAUCCUGGGGCUGUGCGGGGCGCCGCUGCACGCCCCGCUGCUGUGUGUGGCCACGCUGAUGGCCGCCCCGCGCCACACUGAAGCCGUGCUGGGGGCGCUGUGGGGAGCCGUGGUGCACCGUGCCCCCGCAGUGCGCGCCGCCGCUGCCACACUGUGGGGGGCGGCGGUUGGGGGGGUGCCGGACGCAGCGCUGGGAGCCAGACUGGUGCCCGCGCUGGUCACUCUCGCCUCAGACCAUGACAUCAGAGUAAAGGCCGCCACACUCACGCCGCUCGCCACCACGCUCACCACGGCCACUCACCCGGAGGUGCUGGACAAGGUGUGGCUGCAGAUGGAGACGCUGGCGGAUGACGUUGGAGUGUGUGACCAGAAGGCGUUCCAGCUGGCCCUGGCCCACACCUGCACACACCUGGCCCACACUGCACACCCCGCCUCAUACACCACUUCCUGCUACCCCGUAUGAGCCGCAUAGCGAUGGGAGGCGGCGGAGGGGCGAGCGGGGGUGGCAGCGGAGGGCGGGGUGGGGAAGAGGUGGGGGCCGCACUACUGGAGGCAUACUCGGCCCUCACCUGCUGCCUC